AUGUAUCAAAACAUGUAUUCUUAGUAGACGUUUUCGCAGAAAAUGUUUGAAAAACUGUUUAAGAAACCUAAUUAAAAGUUUUUCAAUUAAUUAUAAUAAUCAUUAAUAAUUUCAUGUUAAUAAUUUUAUAAGGAUCAAUAUGACACGUAAAUGUGCGAUAUGUAAGGAAUCAAAUUAUAAAAAUACUCGUAGUUUUUUCUCAGCUCCAAAGAAUCCAGAAUUACGUAGAAAAUGGCAAGAAGCAAUUGAUAUUGACGAUUAUUCUGUCAAUGAUUUUUUUUACGUUUGCAGUAAACAUUUUCGUAAACGGGAUAUCAUCACGCAUUGGGUCAGCGGAUCUCCACCACACGUUAUUUCUAUAAAAUAUAAAAAAUGUAGAUUAAGACCAGGUGCAGUACCUACUAGAAAUAUUCAUCCACAAUUGAAAGAUAACAAAGUUAAUAACAUACAAAAUCAUUUGUAUGAAUUUUUACAGUUUAAACCUGAUAGUUUUCUUACAUCUGACAAAGAAGACAUUGUAAAUACGAUUAAUGAAUGUACUGAGUUUAAAAAUCAUAAACAUGAAAAUGUUGUUAAUCAAUCAAAACAAAUGGAACAAUCAUCGGAGGAUGAAUCAAAUAAAAACACGUCUGUGGAUGAUUAUAAAACACAAUUAAGAUUAUCUUCUAAUAGAAAUAAUAAACAUAGAAAGACAAUGCUUAGAGAUUAUAAUAAUUUAGAAUUACAAAAUACAGAUAAUGAUAUGAGAAAAAUGAAACAUAAAGAAAAUAUCAAUUACGAUCAACUUUCUCAAGUAAAAUUAGAUAGAAGUGUAAAUAAUUCUUCGUAUGUUUCUCAUUGUUCUGAAGAGGAUGAAACAUCAGCGGAAAGGUGGGACAAUUCAAAAGUUAAUACCAAAAAUUCAAUCUUUCCAAAAUGUCUAGAUAAUACUCUAAAUAAUAGAAUUGUAUGUAUAAAAGAACAAUCGUUAAAUAUUGUCAAUAAAUAUGAUGAUUCUAUGUAUGAUAAUAAAGGAAAAAAGGAAUUUUUGUUUGAAGACAUAUUGGAAAUGUGUUUUGAAAUUACAUUGCCACGUGGUUGGUCGUGCAAUGUAGCUUCUAAAGGACAUGCUACAACAAUUGUAUAUUUAAAUAUGGCAAUGACGAAAGAUGGUAUACCUUUUUUGGUUAAACAAGUAUUCGUAAAGACUGAUAUGAUGUUACGAUGUAGCGUUUUUAAUAAAGAAAUUGAUCCAAUAAUGUACAAUCUUAUCAAAGAAAAUAAAGAUAAUAAAGUGCAAUGCUUGUUAGACAUUGAAGAACUUAUAAAUAAAUUUCAUUUAAGAAUUAUCUGCGAAGGCAUAACAGACAAUUUUCAAGAAAUGAAUUCCCUUAAAUUAGCCUACAAAGAUGGUAUACAAUGGAGACAUGUAUUAUGCCCUCUCAUUCUAAAUAAUGAUUCUAAAAGAUGUUCCAAAUGCUUCAUGUUAUCUCAUAUGAUUAAAUACAAAUUAAGAAAAUCUGUAUACUGUUAAUUUUCUAAUUUUAAUUUCAAAAGAAAAAAGAAAAGUCAAAUAUGUGAACAAGCAUUGCACGAAAUGAAAAUAAAAGUAUACAUAUAUUUUAAA